UCUUCACGUCAGAGCUCUCCCAAAAUUAUUCCACUCUUCAUCUCAGCGAGCGCUGCUUGGUUUCUUGGGAUCCCAAGGUGACAUCACCACCGAUCCUCUCACCACCUCGUGGUCACCUCCUUGCUCUCUCCUCCCGCCGCCGAACCUCCUCCCGCGAGGUGCGGAGUCACCGUCUCUCGCCGGCUCGUUUGAUCCAAGCCUGCUCACUUCUUGUGCUGGGAUCCGCGAGAAUCGCCUGCUCUGCGUGUUCUUGCAGGGGGAGUUGCUCAUUAGGGUUGGCGUUGGAAUCUUUGAGGCUUCUUUGGCUUGCGACGCUAAAGAUUUGGGGGUUGGUGAGUGCAAUGGGGGUGCUUGCGUGAACGGCGGAGCUUUUGGGAUUUUGUGCGGGUGGGUGGGUGGAAUGGAAGGGAGGAUGCAGGCGAAGGCACAGUUUUCAGAUUCCAACCGGCGGAUCAUGGAGGUUGACGCGCCGCCGCGGCGUGUGUACCAGACCUGGAAGGGCAGCAAUAUUUUUUUGCUUGGAGGGAGACUUAUUUUUGGGCCAGAUGUGAGGUCACUAGUGCUCACAGUAUGUUUAAUUGUAAUCCCUGUGAUCUUCUUUGCUGCUGCUGUUUGUCCACAGCUUGGUCAUGAGUACCACAGCCAAGUUGGAGGUUGGGUAGCAUCUGUAGCUAUCGUCUUUUCAGCAUACAUUCUUGCUAUUCUACUUCUCACAUCUGGCCGUGAUCCUGGAAUUGUUCCUCGAAAUGCUCAUCCCCCAGAGCCUGAAGACAUUGGUGAAUCCUCCAACUUAUCAGAUUGGCCAGGUGGUCAACAUGGUUCGACAAGUUUACCACUCACCAGGGAUGUUCUUGUUAAUGGUGUUUUAGUUAAAGUCAAAUAUUGCCAUACAUGUAUGUUGUAUCGUCCACCAAGGUGUUCCCACUGCUCAAUCUGCAACAACUGUGUUGAACGUUUUGAUCACCACUGUCCUUGGGUAGGCCAGUGCAUUGGUAAGCGGAAUUAUCGAUUCUUCUUUAUGUUCGUGUCUUCAACGACUAUGCUAUGUGUAUACGUGUUUGCAUUCUGCUGGGUCAACCUCAAGAAAAUAAUGGACGUGCAUGAAUGCAAACUUGGAAGAGCUUUUCUGAAGUCUCCUAUCUCCGGCCUUCUCAUCUUAUACACAUUUUUUGCUGUGUGGUUUGUGGGAGGGUUGACAUCAUUCCACCUCUACUUGAUUUCGAUAAAUCAGACUACUUAUGAGAACUUCCGGUACCACUACGAUCGGAAAACAAAUCCUUACAACCGUGGACUAGGACAGAAUUUCAUAGAGAUCUUAUUUUCAAGGGUUCCCAGCUCAAAAAAUAAUUUCAGAGCAAAAGUUAAGGAGGAUUCUGCAACCUUCACAUCAUCUCUCAGUAUGGGACACGUAAUAAGUCCAGCCAAGAUGAGUGUGGACCUUGAGAUGGGCAUGAAAAGGCAAGCUGUGGCUAGAGAGGAAUUGGAAGACUUACACAGCCAGAUCGGCAGUGCUAUGGGGCUGGAGAGAUGCGGCACCGAACCCCCACAUUUUGUUGCCCGAAAGGGCUGCUCUGAAAUUGCAUCUGACAUAGAGGCAUUCGCGGGAGAGUUUGGCAUGGAAAAUGGUUUCGGUGAGAGGAAAAAAAUUGAGCGACAUACAAACGAUGGUUCAUAGGAAGUUUCCUUGUCACAAGCCCCGUCUUCAGCCUUCAUUCAAUCCCUCAACUUAGGUAGCAAAAGCUGGGAAGAAGAAAGAAAGUAGGACAAAUGGUAGAACAGAACCAACAAGUGUUCGUUAUUUUGGCUGAAAUUUGCAGCCAGAACUUCAGUAAGAAGUAAUAGAUGUUGUUUGUAGAUCAAGUGACUAACAAAACAGACCUGACGAAUUCGAAUGGUUUCACUACCGUGAUUUUGUUUUGGACUUUUUUGUACCGCUAGUUUUAUGUACUCUUAGUCCAUAUGUUGUAUUGUAUGUGUGGGUGUGUCAGUUGCUACUGAUUUUGUUGAAGUUGUAACUUGUAACAUCAACCUGGCUAGUGCCAUUUUAUCGAUCAUUUUUUUUAUAUUCA